GAAGAACACCUCCUUGUCUCGAUCCUAGAAUUACCAGCUAAAUAAAAAGGCAUAAAAAAAAUCUAAUUCCAACACCUGACUGUCUUCCAACUUCAGAAACUAAUCGUGAUUUCGCCAGGUUGCAAGCUUUUCGAGACAUCAUGGCUUCGGCUCCAGCCCAACAACCCACACUGACCGCUGAACAAACCAGAGUGGUGCUGAGUGAAGUGAUCCAGGCCUUUUCAGUGCCAGAGAAUGCUGCGCGAAUGGAGGAGGCUCGGGAGAGCGCCUGUAACGACAUGGGGAAGAUGCUGCAGCUCGUGCUUCCUGUGGCCACUCAGAUUCAGCAGGAAGUAAUCAAGGCGUAUGGAUUCAACAAUGAAGGAGAAGGGGUCCUUAAAUUUGCCAGACUGGUGAAGAUGUAUGAAACCCAGGACCCAGAAAUAGCAGCCAUGUCUGCAAAGCUGAAGGCUCUCCUCCUGCCACCGUUGUCAACACCACCUAUAGGAGGCGCCAUUCCAGCUUCAUGAGAUUUAUUUUUGACCAGGUCAAAUGCAAGAGUGCUUUAUUUCCAUGCUUUGCUUCUCUGUAUCAUCUAUUUAAAAUCCUGUUUUUGAUGUUAGGUCUAAGAUUUAUACCACUAAUGUUUCUUUAAAAAAAUAUGGUUGUAUUGAAAGCAUUCUUGCAAAUCCUUGAUUUAUUUUUUGCAUUGUAUUUAUUUGUUACAUGUGACACUACAACCAAUUUCUUCCACUGAGACAUUUACUUUAAUGCCAUCUUUUUUAUAUACAUAAUGUCAUUUGUUUUUCAGUAAAAAUAAAUGUUUUUUCUGUA